AUCUAUUAACCAGACCUAACCAACUAAACCAUUCAAACGGUUUCCUUCUCUUUUCAGCUGCAAUCUUCUUUUUCCUUCAAACACCUAUAAACCACACUCAAGCGCCGCCACUACUACAGCACCGGCCAACCAUGAAGGUUUUUAAUGUCAACGGGAACACCCUUUCUCUUGCUCUUUUUGCUGAUGUCACCAAUUCCAAGGAACUUCUAGACUCUAUGCAAGCUGGAACCAUGGAACCAGAAGUUGCUCUACUUAAUGCCUCACUUAUUCCAGAUGUGUUUCCUCUUCUAGCUGCGGCACAUAAGACACUUAUAGCCAAAUCUCGGGAUUCAUUGACAACACGGACUCUUCAUUCUGAGCUUGUCUACAAUUACUCGGGAUCUAAGCAUAUUACAGAAUCCUUGAAAAGAUGUGGAAUCUCUGAAAACUGUACAUACAUCCUAGCAGCUCGAUUUAAUGCUUCUGAAGAUGAGAUGAAAGCAGUGGAGAAACUCAUUAAUGGAACAGAAAUAGAUUUGAAGGACUUGGAAGGCAGGGCAAACCUAGCUCAAAUACAGAAGCACUACAAAAUUUCUGGCCUGGAAUCAGGGAUAUCCUCUCUUGCAGAUGCUAUUACUUGCCGUAUAGCUGCCCGUGAUGCAUUAUGAGAAGGACAAACUGUUACGUGGUUGUAUUUAUAUUGUUGUAAACUUACUGUAUGACAAAUAAGACUGCUAGUUAUGGUUAAACAAAUUUAUCAGACUAGAUGCAGGAACCACAGUUUUAGGUUCCUAAUCAAAGGUUAACAUUCUUGAUGA